UCUGAAAAAUCAGUGCCUCGACUUACUGCACAAAGUGCGAAUAAAUUAUACGCGUUAUUAGAAUUCAGCUUGACAGAGCUAUCAGUGGUUGCGGUUUGAUAUUCUAUAUGAUCGUGCGGAACACCGCGAUCUGAUGAGUUCCCCGAUCUCACCGGCAGUUCAAAGUCAACCGCAAAGUCAGGGUCGAAAUUGUAGAGGAAAAGUGAAUUUGAGGGCCGAGUACUUAUUCACGUGGCAAUUAUUCGUGGCGACGUGUGCUUGGUGUCACAGGUGGGGAUUGGCAAUAUCUCCAGUCAUGUGAGUGCAUAAAUGGCAGUUCCAUCGGCACAAGGAAACCCCGUACCAAUAAACGGACUAUGGGCAUCUGCCUGGACACUGAGCAACAAAAUGGAUCGCAGGUUUUCGACGACGGUAAUAGGCGGCGAACAGGAAGAUGGCAAGGCGAGGCAGGACUCUUAUCAACACCUCCAGACGGGAAUUUUCCCAUGCAAAAUGUCGGGCAGGUCAAAUUUGAAUCACCAAAAGUCCCCGUCAUUUUCGUUCUCGGGGGUCCGGGAAGCGGCAAGGUGACCCACUGCGACAAUCUGAUGCACGAGAAAAAGGGGAUUACUCAUAUCAACAUGACCGAUCUUUUGCAGCAGUAUGCUAUGGGGAAUGAUAUGCUCGACUUUGGUCUCCUCAGCAGCAGAACGGUCACUGAAGUUCUGAUGCUCGAAAUGAAAAUGGCACCAAAUGCGAAAACCUUCCUGGUCAGCGGAUAUCCGAGGAACAUGAGAGACGUCGUCGAGUAUUCUGAAAAGAUACAAAUCGUUAACGGGGUAGUUCUCGUUUCGUGGAGGCAGGAGAUUUUGGAGAGGCAAAUCGAUUACGGUGCUCAAUUGGGACACGUUAUUCUCGGUCUGGCCAGGAUGGAGCUUCACAAUUUUUACCGAAACGUUAUGCCAGUUGCUGAGUAUUUCGAUCAGAGUGGAAUGCUGAUUGCGGUGAACGGUGAAAGAAAUCCAAGCGAGGUGUACGUUGAUUUUCGGGAGGCAGUCCUGAAGAUCCUGGGUAUGUCUAACGGAACUAAGCGUACCGGAAAUCCUCCCGGAUCCGUUGAAGCCGAGGUGAAGGUCGAGAGAGGAAUCACUCCGACAUCCCCGCUCGCGAAACAGACUAUAGUUGCCGAACUUACCCCACCGCCACCGAUGACGAUGAUGCCACCCGAACUUCAUCCCUCGAAAACCGCAAACAAGCCCAGGAAGGGUCUACCAUUUUUCAUUUGGGUUAUAGGUGGUCCUGGGAGCAACAAAGCGACCCUCAGCGCGCAGGCGAUACAGGACGAGGUCGGAUGGGCCCACAUCAGCAUUGGAGGCCUUCUGCGAGGAAUGGCGAGCUCGAAUCCGAUAGUUAGGGAGGCCAUCCUUGCCGGAGAGAUGGUGCCGAGGGAUAUCGUCAUGCAAUUGGUCGAGAAACAGGUUCUGCUCCAUAGAGACACGGACGGGAUUGUUAUAGACGGGUUUCCGAGGGAUUCAGACCAAGUAGAGGAAUUCGAGAACAAGUUCGGUCAAGAACCAUCGUUGCUGCUUCUCGAUUGUUCCAAGCUCCAAUUAGGCAGAGGAAGACUGGACGACAGCGUCUCGGCAUUUAGAAGGAGAUUAGAAAUAUUCAGAGAACUCUCAUUGCCCAUGUUGAAGAAACUGGACAGUGAAAAUCGACUGACAAUCGUGGACGGAGAUACUGACACCAAGAAUGUUCAGGAAGAAUUUACCGCUGCACUUAAGAACCUUGUGUCCAAUUCAUCGCGGCAAGAAAGCAACGAGAAUUCAAAUCCGGUAACGACAGUUGAUAUUCCUGAGAGAAUAGUUAAUUUCAUACCCAAUGGUGUUGCCAAGUCGGUAAAUCAGAUGGCGAAUAAUGUCCAAACGUUGGCGAAAACCCAAUUAUCAAACGGAAUAAUGAAUGCGACUGACAAAGGGAUGAACGGGGUCAGCAAGGUCAGAGAUAAAACAAUGAACGGAAUGGUGAAUCGGAUAAACUCGAUAUCGAAACAGGUACAGAAUCACGUUGAACAGGGUGUUAAGCUGGGUGAAAAUGGCGUUGCGAAAAUGGCAAACGGCAUUGCGAACAACGCGAAGCAGUUGGCCGUUAACGGGGGUACCUCGAUACAGAAUGGUGUUGCUAAUGGAUUCGGGAAUCUCGUUAACGGCCAUUUACUAACGAACAAAGUUGCUCCGGUUAGAAAUAUGUUGUCCCAGAAUAACGUACCAAAUCCGGUUAGAAAUAUGUACAAUGAAGUCGACGCUUACCAGCAGGAUCUUCAUAUCUGAUAUAAGCGAUCUGUGCCGAUAUAGUUAUUUUAUUUGAUGAAAAUUCUCGAAAAAUAAUCAAAUAGUUAGACGGAAUUAAAAUCUAUGUAAAAAGAGGAAAACACAAAAAUUUUUAAACAAAC